CUUCCCCCUCCUCGGUGAUCUCUCUCCCCUUCCCAAAAGAAGUCGAGAGGGUUUUCGUGGUGGUGGUGGUGGUAGGGUUAGGGGUAGGAGGGGUCUCCACAUGGCGGCGGCGGCGGCGGUGGCGAAGUCGGUGGAGGCCGGCGGCGAACCGGGCGGUGGUGGUGGUGGUGCGUGGUCCACCGUCUCCCGCUCCGGCCGCUCCUCCUACUCCGCCGGUGGUGGCGUCGGCGGCGGGAAGGUGGGGGAGCUCGCGGAGGGGUUGGCGGGGGUGGAGAUCGGCGGGGAACGGAGGCUGGACAAGUACGACAUCCCCGUGGAGGUGAGCGGCGAGGACGUGCCCCCGCCCGCGGACGGGUUCGAGGCGGCCGGGCUGGUGGAGGCCGUGCUCCGGAACGUGGCGAGGUGCGGGUACGAGAGCCCCACGCCCGUGCAGCGCUACUCGAUGCCGAUCGCGCUCGCCGGCAGGGACCUGAUGGCGUGCGCGCAGACGGGGUCCGGGAAGACGGCCGCGUUCUGCCUCCCCGUCGUGAGCGGCCUCGUCGCGGCGGGAGGGAGCGGAAUCGGCCACCGGGAGAGGUCGUCGUUCAACCGCGCCGCCGCGAAGCCCCGCGCGCUCGUGCUAGCGCCCACGAGGGAGCUCGCCGCGCAGAUUAAUGAGGAGGCCAAGAAGUUCUCUUUCCAAACUGGACUUAGAGUUGUGGUGGCCUAUGGAGGAACUCCAAUGUAUAACCAGCUCCGUGAUCUAGAGAGGGGCGCUGAUAUUCUUGUUGCUACACCCGGUCGCCUUGUGGACAUGGUUGAAAGAUCAAAAGUCUCCCUUGAGGCAAUCAAGUACCUGGUAAUGGAUGAAGCCGACAGGAUGCUGGAUAUGGGCUUUGAGCCUCAGAUAAGGAAGAUUGUUGAAAGAAUGAACAUGCCAAGGAAGUCUGUGAGACAAACUAUGCUUUUCAGUGCAACCUUCCCACCAGAGAUUCAGAGACUGGCUUCGGACUUUUUGUCGAACUACAUAUUUAUCACUGUUGGGAGGGUGGGUUCAAGUACUGACCUAAUUAUGCAGAAGGUUGAACUCCUCUCUGACGGGGAGAAACGAGGCUACCUGCUUGAUCUUUUACAGAGGCAAUCUGUCGGUGUGGCUAACAGUAAGCUGCAGCAACCUCUGACAUUGGUGUUUGUGGAGACAAAACGAGAGGCCGACUCUCUGAGGUACUGGCUAUACAGCAAAGGUUUCCCUGCAACAGCGAUCCAUGGUGACAGAACACAGCAGGAAAGGGAGAGCGCACUGAGAUCCUUUAAGACUGGCCUCACUCCUAUAAUGGUUGCCACUGAUGUAGCCUCACGGGGCCUGGAUGUCCCAAAUGUUGCUCAUGUGAUCAACUACGAUCUUCCCAAGAGCAUAGAGGACUACGUCCACAGGAUUGGAAGAACUGGCAGAGCUGGGAAGGCUGGGUCAGCCACGGCCUUCUUCACUGAGUCUGACCACUCGCUGGCGAAGGGCUUACUGGAGCUGAUGACCGAGGCGAAACAGGAUGUUCCUGACUGGCUCGUACAGUAUGCAGAGAGGCCGUACUAUGGAGGUUCAAGCUACGGUGGAAGAAACCGGAGGUCUGGUGGCGGGGGCAACAGGUUUGCCGGCAGAGAUUUCCGCCAGGGCAGUGGCGGCGGCUACUCAGGUGGUGGUGGUGGCGGCGGCUACUCAGGUGGUGGUGGUGGCGGCGGCUACUCAGGUGGUGGUGGUGGCUACUCAGGUGGUGGCCGUGGUGGUGGCUACUCACGCGGUGGCCGUGGUGGCUACUCAGGCGGAGGCGGUGGCGGUGGUGGAGACCCCUACCGAGCAAGUGCUCCACCCCCGCGGUACUACCCUUCGUACCCGAUGGGCACGGCCGACAUCAACGCCUCUGGCUGGGACUAAGCUGGAGCUCUCGGCGUCGUCCUCACUUCUCAGUGCACAUACCGUAUAUACUACCAUGCCUAAAAUUACUUAGUAGGGGAACCAAAAUGGCGGUGGGCACGCCUGGUCUCUGCUGCUCUUUUACCUUGUUGAUCGCCUUGUCUCGUCUGAUAUACCUAUACAACGGUGGUGCACAGAGGUAUGUGGCUCUGUUGGGAAGUUGGGGUUUUGGCCAGAAUGGUGGUGGUGACAUUGUGGUGAUCAGGCUUCACUUGUUGCUUAAAACUUGUUACUAUGUUAUUGUAAGUGGCAGCUGAUCGACACUGCUAUAUUUACCAGUGUUUAAGGAAGAACUUUAUAUUCCUUAUUGAUGCUGGAUGUUUUUCUUCCUUGUGCGAGUCUUCGGAUGGCUCAGGGUGGGAUGGAAUUUUGUAAAAUGCCUUGAUUCAAACUUUUGGCAUCCCUAACACUCCUACAUAAUA